AUGUCUCUCCACGUACCUGUGGCUGGGCACUUUAACGUCUUGGAAGAAAUGGUGUUGAGAAACACGCAGCAGACGGUAUCGUCCAAUCCUCACUCACCGAAGACGCGUACGCUCGUCAUCCUCCUCCUCCUCGACCCGACCUCGCGCACUAUCCUCCCCGCUACGAAGAUGAUGCGGACCGCCUUCAUCCGGCCAGCGGCUCGCCAGCCUCGCUUCGUUUGUCAAUCAUGCGUGGGCCUAUCACGCGCCGGUCAACAGACUCGACUCCAACAUACCGCCAAGCCAAACGUGCCUUCGAUCGUCCCUCUUCGAUCUGCCCAGCUCUACGAGAAUACCACAUUGAGACGGGGUUUUGAGAAAAGUCGCCUGGCGAGCACGGUGCCUGCUUCGGCUUUGCAAAAGAAUGGUCACGAGAGGCCUACAACGGCCAAUCCGUCGUCCAAGGAACUCCCUGAUCUGAGCAAGCUGGCGGCCGUGGUUCAGCAGAGCAGAAAGCACUUCCUCUCUACAGACGGAAUUCCCACCACACAGCUCGUCACUGCAGUCUUGAAAACGUGCCAAGGCGCCGCAAAUGCGAUUCAACCCUAUCUAUCCAGGUCGGAGAAUCGUCCGGCCUCGACACUCACAGCAUCGACCGCUUCCAAUCUGUUAUCCUUGGACUCGAACUUGACUGCAGCUAAAUCUGGUAGCGCGUCGAUCCCGUCAGUUUCUGUCAAGGAUACAGUCGACACAAUCUCCGAGUCAGCAUACGAAAUUAUCGCCCACCCCACCGUUUCCAUUGGUCCCCAGGUCUUGGACUUAUACGUAAACAUCCAAGCUAGGCUUGGCAGGCCCGAGACACUUCCCCAUGUUUUCGAAUUGUAUGCGUCAAAGCCCAAACCAAAGGCGGUCGAGGGUGCAAUCUCCUAUGUUCAGCAGAACCCAAAUAGGGCAGACAAGGCAAUCGAAGCAAGUGUGGCCGAAACAGCUCUGGGGGCCGCCAUCGACGCCAAGAAUUUGGACGCUGCGAUUGGCAUCGUUGAGGCCUGCUACGCAACACAAGCAUUCUACCGCCAAAAGCUUCUGCGGAAGGCGCUUCUGCCCGUCUCGGCCGUGGCAGCGGCCCCCUUUGGAGUCUACACUCUUGCCUCCAAUCUCUCGGCAUUCCAGAACACAAUGGAGCCCGUGACAGCCACAAAAUUCGCCUUCGCCGCCAUCCUGGCUUAUCUGGGGUUCACAGCGACGAUUGGGAUGGUUGCCAAAACCACUGUCAAUGAUCAUAUGCGACGAGUCACUUGGGCGCCCGGUAUUCCGUUGCACCAGCGCUGGCUGCGUGAAGAAGAGAGGGCGGGCAUGGAUGACAUCGCAUGCGCCUGGGGUUACAGAGAGAAAUGGCGACACGGUGAGGAGGGCGGUAUUGAGUGGGACUCGCUAAAGGAGUAUCUUGGUCUGAAGGGAAUGAUGCUUGACAGAGUUGAGCUGAUGGAGGGAAUGAGUUGA